AAUGUUAAAACGUUAACAACUUGGCAUUAGCCUAUACCUCAGGUUGGGUGUUUGAGUCAGUGAGACAUAAUUUCUUGGGUUACCUGAGUGAGUCAAGGGCUGAUGACACGGGUUUGUUUCCUGAGAGUAGUGCCUUGGUCUAGUUUUACUUGUGCAAUAAGCUUCAGUUUAUGACUGAAUUGAUGGCUCCUUGCGUGUACGGAGUGAUCAUCUUGAAUUUAAAACUCACUCAGAGAUCACAAAAUGUGAUGGUUGGGCUUGAGCCUUUUCGGUAAAUGGGUGGGUCCAGAAAUCAUACCAUGCCUACCAAACACCAAAACCGGUCCAUAACACACAAGCGAACGGGAACCACACAAGUCUCUGUCGGGUGCAUCCAAUUUGGAAAAUAGAAACAGACGGUGGUCGGUUGCCUCUGUUUGGAUGUAUUUGUGUCGUCUACUGUCUGUCAAUAUUGUAUCGUAGCGUAGGCACCAAUCUUGUCCGGAAAAUCUAAUAAAACUGUCACUUAAAAAAAAUAAAAAGCUCCCAAUUUUGCGACUUGCCUAGUACUAAAUUGAUCACGUUCAACGGUUGGCGUGGAAAGGAUGAAAGAGGACGGCCGUAAACAACAUUGGGUAUGGAGUCCCCAAAAUAGUUGGGCAAACCAAACCACUCUUCAAACUGCGUAAUUACGUUGUAUCCCUUGUGUUCUCGAUUGCGUUUGAGAUUUCUUUUGAUGACAUUCUGUUUGUUUCUCGAGAAAAAAAAGCAAAGAAUGAAAGAAAAAGGUUCUGGAAAAGCGACGAAGUGCUUAAAAGGGUCUGUGUGAAUUUCGUUGUAUUUACGUUGCUGCUGUGAAGCGCUCUAAGAUCAGAUUGACACCAGUGUUGUUUCCUUGGAGGUAGAGCCAUCUGAAAUCCAGCAUUUGAUAUGAAAGUACAAUGCGGAAUAAUUGGUGGUUUUUCAUGGAUCUAGAUGGAGGGUCUUCUUCUAUCUUGCCCACGGAUCCAUUUUUGUCUCAUAGUGGUGGGGAUCAUUUUCUUUCCCAGUUUAGUGCUUUUUUUUAUCAUUCUUUACGACAAGCUGGAUAUUUGCAUGCUCAUGGAAGUCAGGCUCUUCAAGAAGCUUUUGGGUGCAUGUCACAGUUAGCUGGUGCUUUGCUUUGUUUCGUGUCUAGUAUGUCUACUACAAAUUUGUGCCAGAGAAUAUCUGGAAAUAUUAAUGGUUCAGAACCUGGAAGCUAUAGAUCUUCUACACAAGUUAGACACAUCAGUUCUAUUGAGCAUAAAACUAGGAACAACUUUGGUUAUGGAUUGAAACGAAAAUCACCUACUUCAGGGAUUUUUGACAAGAUUUCAGGUUUCAUUAUCAAACUUCUUAACAGAGAAGUUGAAAUGCUUCAAUCCUUCUCCAUACUCUCAUUGGCGUCUACUCUGGUAUCACCAUUGGAACACUUAACUUCAAAGGUGUUAGCAGUUCCACUCCAAGAUACUGAUGUACAAAUUCCCGGAUCCUUCGAUCAAAGGGCAUGUGAUGUUGAGAAUGGUAGAUGUGCUAGUCUAUCUUUCCCCGAAGUAAACUGGGCAAGACAUACAGUUGAACCCCGAACAGGCAUUGAGUUUCCUAUGAUUUUGGAUGACCUCUUGGCUGAAGAAAACCGUUCCAGUUUAUCCUCUGAGGUCCUUGUUGGAACUGGAUCAAGAACUAUGAAAAUAAUCAAAAUUAAAUCACUGAAGGUUUAUGCAUUUGGUUUUUAUGUUCAUCCUCAUUCUGUAUGUGAGAAAUUGGGCCCCAAGUAUACUUCUCUACAGCUAAGCGAACUGAACAAAAGCUCUGAUUUUUAUCAGGAUCUUCUCAGGGAGGACAUCAACAUGACUGUUCGGUUUGUAAUUAAUUGCAAUGGGAUGAAAGUCAAUACCGUUAGUGAUGCUUUUGAGAAGUCUCUCCGAGCUCGUUUGGUGAAGAUGAAUCCUGACAUCGAUUAUCAGUGCCUGAGAACAUUUGGUUCUUGCUUCACGCAAGACAUUUCAUUGCCUGCGGGAACAACAAUUGAUUUCCGGCGAACUGCUGAUGGACAACUAAUUACUGAAAUUGGAGGUAAUCAAAUUGGAGCUGUCCGAAGCAAGGAUUUGUGUAGGGCAUUCUUUGACAUGUACAUUGGAGAUGUUCCUGUAUCUGAGCAGACAAAAGAAGAGAUUGGCAAGAACGUCGCUAAUAUUAUUAGGCGGUGCUGAGAUAAAUACUAUCUAAAUGUCUGAAGUGAUCCCUUGGACAAUAUUUUGAGUUGCCUAUCGUGUUAAGCUUGCUGUGAUUGCUCCGUAAGAGAUUUGGAUGCAGCUGAUUUUAACAAACCCAGAUAAUCAAUGGAUGCACUAGGUGAUUUUAUGUUAGGAUAGUUCUAUUCUGAUUCAAUUAGAUUAGCACUAACUUAAUAGUGUUUUUUUUGGGAUGGCAUUAUUGGAAUGUUUUAAACAGCCAUCCCUAUUGAAUAUACGCAUAGAUUGAAGAACAGAUUACAGUUCUGUACUCAUUCAAAAUAUCAAUAAUACAGUUCUGUAUUCACUCA